AUUUUGACAACGUUAUAGUCUGCAGAGAAUGAACGACAUGUUUGAGGUAUUCCAUUGAGUUUGGCAGGUAGCUAACAAUGCGUGAGUGGUCCAAAAAGGAAAAGGGCAUCUAACCGAAGCGACAUUGUCAAGAACUGAUUCCGCUUCAAGGCAGCAAUUGCAACGUGACGCAGCAUCGUCCAAGCACUCAUAAGCAGCGUCAGGAGCUCACCUUAACCUAGCACAUCCUGUUUCCAUCCAUCUCGCCAUGCCUUACAGCAGACAGCGCAGUCCAACAUCUCCAACGUCCCCUUCGAGGGCCCGCAAGCAGGCGGUCCCUCCAGGUUUCAUCGCACCCCCUAAACCCAAAGCCAAGCCGCUGACACAGAUGACCCUCCGCGAGCUGCACGACCGCUACGAUCGGAAUGCCAACAUCCUUGCCUCACCAUCCGCAUCUACCUCUGCCCUCGUCCAGCGCCUCAGUACCGAGCAAGCGGCCAUCGAGGCCCGCCUUAUCGAGCUUGAAGGCGUCGAGAGCAUCCGGCGCGGGAUCAAGAAGGCCAGCAUCAACUCAGACGACGUCAUGAAUGUAGACGAGGUCCCCGCACCAAAAGCAAUAGACGCGAAACGACGCGCUCUGUCCAAAUAUGCGCCGAUAAAGAACAACACGGAUAGACAUGUUGGGUCGCUGAGCUUACAAGAGGCUAUGGACCUAGAGCGCCAAGCUUAUAUUGCCGACCAAGACCGAAGACAGCGAGCAGAAGAGAAGAAGCGUCGUAUAGGUUUGCCUAUCAAGGGAGAACAGCUGAGCAGACAAGAAACGGAAGCUCGAAUGUGGACAUUCAUGAACUACAAGCCAACGGACUCAGACCUAGAGGAUAUGGAUGAUGAUGACUCGGACGAUGACCCAGCUGGUUGGUUUGAAGAUGAUCAAGAUGGCGGUAUCAAGGGUCAAAAUAUCAUCGAGCCCGACGAAGAAGAUCUCUCAAACAUAAUUCGGGUUGACGAAAGCCGAGUACCUUACAGCUAUAGCACAUUUUAUGAGCCUCGAAACAACGUCGACUAGUCAUUCAUACUAUGCACGAAUUGUAGCCAUACAACUGUACUAUAUGUUUAAAUUGAUAUCCACGUAAGUCGAUUAGAAGGGUAUGUAAACUAUCUAUAGCGCUUAAUUAUCUCGGGCAUGGACGGGGCAGUUCCUUCCACGUUGUAACCAUGACAC